UCGUCAGGCGGUAAAGAGUGUACGGCACAGAACGAUGGGACCUUCACCAGGACCUCGCCGUCCGCAACUGUCAAUGUAGGACAGGUCAUAACCUUCGCUUGCAAACCCUACCUGUACCACGUGGGCGGCGACCUGCAAAGGGCGUGUUCCUACACGGGUCAGCUUCUAGGGGCGGCCCCUGUCUGUGGCGGUAGGUCGUAAGAGCAAGUAUUUGAGGAAAUAUAAUACAUAUACGUUUUUUUUAUAUAUAUAGACGUACAGAUGACAUAUAACAAUUUCACUUGUCUCAAUAAAAUAAAUUGCCUGUCUCACUAAAGUAACUCACCUAAAUUUCUCAUUAUUAUUUUUCUUUUGUCUCACUAAACUCUAUGCUAAAUAUUCUCCAAUAAAAAUCUGUAUCAAUUAAAGUCGAACCAUUUGAAGGUGAGUGGUUUAAAAUGUCGUCUCUUUUUCCCCAUUCAUAACUGCUUCAGCUACGCCCAAGCCAGUGGAUGUCAGGCUAGACAGAGUCAGGCGAAGGCUGCAGACCCUCGCAAAGAAUUUGGCUUUUGUCAUUGACUACGACGGAUACAGGUAA